ACACUUCUUAGAGCGGGAACCCAAAGUUCACCUAUGUUGUCUCUAUAUCUCUCUACGUCUCUCUAAUUUUAGGGUUUCAAUCUCAAUCUUCGUUUUGUAAUUUGCAGCAACCAUGAACCUGCGCAAGGGCUCCAAAGUUUGGGUCCAAUACAGGGAUUCAGCCUGGGUGGCUGCUGAAGUGGUUGAUUCCGAUGGAAACCGGUUCCAGCUCGCAACUGAUUCUGGCAAGGAGGUUUUUGCUUCGCCGGAGAAACUGUUUCCAAGGGAUGCGGAUGAAGAGGAGCAUGGGGGAUUCGAAGAUAUGACGAGGUUGGCUUACUUGAAUGAACCAGGAGUGUUGUACAAUCUUCGUAGAAGAUAUGCUGUCAAUGAUAUUUAUACAUAUACAGGAAGCAUCUUAAUAGCUGUUAAUCCCUUCACGAAGCUUCCUCACUUGUAUGAUAUCCAUAUGAUGGAGCAGUAUAAGGGAGCUCCAUUUGGUGACCUUAGCCCACAUGUUUUUGCUGUUGCUGAUGCAUCUUACAGAGCAAUGUUGAACGAAGGUAAAAGUCAAUCUAUCUUGGUCAGUGGUGAAAGUGGUGCUGGAAAAACUGAGACAACAAAAUUGAUUAUGCAGUAUCUUACCUUUGUUGGUGGACGUGUGGCCAGUGAUGAUAGAACAGUCGAACAACAAGUUCUUGAAUCGAAUCCACUUUUAGAGGCAUUUGGUAAUGCAAGGACGGUUAGGAAUGACAAUUCAAGUCGAUUUGGGAAGUUUGUUGAAAUUCAGUUUGAUUCAAAUGGUAGAAUCUCUGGUGCUGCAAUUAGAACUUACUUACUGGAAAGAUCUCGAGUAGUACAGAUAACGGAUCCAGAAAGAAAUUAUCACUGCUUUUAUCAGUUGUGUGCAUUUGAAAGGAAUGCAGAGAAGUAUAAGUUAGGACAUCCGAGUCACUUCCACUAUUUAAAUCAAAGUAAAAUCUAUGAACUAGAUGGUGUUAGCAAUGCUGAAGAAUACGUGAAGACGAGGAGGGCAAUGGAUAUUGUUGGAAUUAUUCAUGAGGAUCAGGAAGCCAUAUUUCGUGUCUUAGCUGCAAUUUUACAUUUGGGAAACAUUGAAUUUUCUCCUGGAAAAGAGCAUGACUCGUCAGUAAUAAAGGAUGAAAAAUCAAGAUUUCAUAUGCAGAUGGCUGCUAAUCUUUUCAUGUGUGAUGUUGACCUACUGCUAGCAACAUUGUGUACUCGUUCAAUACAAACUCGAGAAGGAAUUAUUGUGAAAGCCCUUGAUUGCAAUGCUGCUGUUGCUGGCCGGGAUGCUUUGGCAAAAACUGUUUAUGCUCACUUAUUUGAUUGGCUUGUUGACAAGAUCAAUAGGUCUGUUGGGCAAGAUAUCAAUUCCCAGAUACAAAUCGGAGUUUUGGAUAUUUAUGGUUUUGAGUGCUUUAAGGAUAACAGUUUUGAGCAAUUCUGCAUCAAUUUUGCAAAUGAAAAGCUUCAGCAACAUUUCAAUGAGCAUGUAUUCAAGAUGGAGCAGGAGGAGUAUGGAAACGAAGAAAUUAUCUGGAGUUACAUUGAAUUUGUAGACAACCUAGAUGUUUUAGAUUUGAUUGAAAAGAAGCCCAUUGGUAUCAUUGCUCUUUUGGAUGAAGCUUGCAUGUUUCCGAAAUCAACACAUGAAACAUUCUCAACCAAGUUGUUUCAGCAUUUCCGGUCUCACCCUAGGUUGGAAAAGGAAAAGUUUUCGCAAACAGAUUUUACCAUUUCUCAUUAUGCUGGAAAGGUCACUUAUCACACAGAGACCUUUUUAGACAAAAAUCGUGAUUAUAUUGUUGUAGAACAUUGUAAUCUAUUUUCAUCAUCAAAAUGCCCCUUUGUGUCUGGUCUUUUUCCUUUGCUACCAGAGGAUUCUUCAAGAUCAUCGUACAAAUUUUCUUCAGUAGCUUCCAGAUUUAAGCAACAACUUCAAGCACUCAUGGAGACCCUUAAGUCAACAGAGCCUCAUUACAUACGAUGUGUGAAGCCCAAUUCUUUGAAUCGACCACAAAUAUUUGAGAAUGCAAGCAUCAUACACCAAUUACGCUGUGGGGGCGUCCUUGAAGCUGUUCGAAUAAGUCUGGCAGGUUACCCCACUCGAAGAACUUACUCACAGUUUGUAGACCGCUUUGGGUUAAUAGCCCCUGAUUUUAUGGAUGGAAGUUAUGAUGAUAAAGUUGCAACUGAGAAAAUUUUGCAAAAGCUCAAACUUGAGAACUUUCAGUUGGGUAGGACCAAAGUAUUUCUCAGGGCUGGUCAAAUUGGCGUUUUAGACUCCAAACGCGCUGAAGUUUUGGACAAUGCUGCAAAGUGUAUUCAGUGUCGACUGAGGACAUUUAUUGCACACAGGGAUUUUAUCUCAGUCAGAGCAGCUGCAUUUUCUCUUCAGGCAUGCUGCAGGGGAUACGUUGCCCGAAAGAUGUAUGCUGCUAAAAGGGAGACGGCAGCGGCUGUCUCCAUUCAGAAAUAUAUUCGUAUGUGGCUAACGAGGCAUGCUUACUUGAAACUAUAUUCUUCUGCUAUUAUCAUACAAUCCCAUGUUCAAGGUUUCACAACUCGCCAAAAAUUUUUGCGUGGAAAAGAACAUAAAGCUGCUACUCUUUUUCAGGCCUGUUGGAGGAUGUCGAAGGUUAGAUCAGCUUUCCGGCUACAUCAAGCUUCAAUUGUGACAAUACAAUGCCUUUGGCGGCGUAGACAAGCAAAACGGGAGCUUCGUAGACUUAAACAAGAGGCUAAUGAAGCUGGUGCCCUCCGUGAAGCUAAGAAUAAACUUGAGAAGCAAUUGGAACAACUCACAUGGCGUUUGCAUCUUGAAAAAAAAAAAAGGGUUUCUAAUGAAGAGGCUAAGCAAAUAGAGAUUUCCAAACUUCAAAAGAUGUUAGAAGCUCUGAAUCUUGAAUUAGAUGCAGCUAAAUUGGCAACAAUUAAUGAGUGCAACAAGAAUGCAGUUCUGCAAAAUCAAUUGGAAUUGUCAGCAAAGGAAAAAUCUGCUUUAAAAAGAGAGCUAGCUGCAGUAGAUGAAGUACGAAAGGAAAAUGCUGCAUUGAAGGUUUCUUUGGAUUCCUUUGAAAAGAAGUACGUAGCUUUAGAGCUUCAGCUUAUGAAUGCUCAAAAAGGCCGUGAUGAAACCAUUGAGAAGCUGAGGGAGCUUGAACAGAAGUGCUCUCAACUCGAGCAAAAUGUUAAAAG